AUUACCUCUACACGAUUUCUUUAUUAGUUUCAUUAAAAUUCUCGCGAAUUAUUCCACAGUAAAGCGUUCUGCUUGAAGACAGAACGGUGUGAUAUCUUGACACGGUAGUUGGCUUUAAGUUCGCGUCGGUAUGUUUCGAAAUGUAGCGCCAAAAACAGCGAUAGCUUUUACUCAAUUUAUCCUGGGAUUGUCCUGUUGUUGGCCGCUUUCAUCGACAGCUACAAAGUUUCAGACACUUUGCUUCAAGAUCUUGAGAUCCGUGUUAUUUCUCAAUGCACUUUUACUCUUUUGUCCUUUGUUGUAUGCAAUAUAUGUGCACCGCUAUGAUACAGUAAUGUUUUGUAAAGCAAUUUCUUUGGCACUUGCUGUUUUACAAGUACUUCUGCAUUCCUUCUACUGUUUCAAUCAGUAUGAUCGAUAUCAGGUAAGAUUCAUCUGUAAUAGCACUCUCAAAAGAUAGUGAUUCCAGGAACGUAUUGCAGCGAUUAAUCGAAGAGAUGAAAUCUUGUUGUAAGAAAGCAAAUUCAUACGAGAGACAGGUCUUCCAACGAUACGUGGACAAGUAUGCCAUAUACUACGCGGCAUCUGCAGCUUGGUUUUAUUGGUGCGGUGCAAUUGUUCCCAUCGGAACGUUCUUCUUACCCGAUCCCUUUCCAACGAAUGCAGAAUAUCCGUUCCCAGUUGAUUUUGAACCCGUGCGGAGCAUAAUUUUCUUGCAACAAUCGCUCGUGGGUAUGCAGUGCUCGUCACUUCUGUGCACUAAUAUACUUUGCGCGUUACUGUUGCUCUUCGCUGCAGCGCGCUUCGAGAUUUUAAUGACCGAAAUACGUACCGCUAACAGUGUUAACUCAUUGAUAAAAUGCGUAAAAAAAUAUUAUUCUUUGAAAAGAUACGCAGAAGAAGUGGCGGACACAGCUCGAUAUACGACUCUGAUUACGCUAUGCAUCUGUGGCGUAGAAAGCGUAUUUGCUGGUAUCAUUUUUAUCGGACGACAACCAUUUACUCUAAAACUUCAAUUUGUUACCGUAUCUGUAACUGUGCUAAUGGCGGUAUUCAUGUGCGCGUGGCCAGCUGACAAUUUAAUAGAUGUAGUAAGUAUUAAAUUUUAGUAUUGUAGCUUCAGAUUAAGAAUUACAGUUAAGUGUAUUUUUCUACUAGAGUGAAAAUACUAUGCGUGCGGUUUACCAAUCUAAAUGGUAUGAACAGUCUCUAAGGAUGCAAAAAUUUAUAUUAUUCAUGAUGAUUCCACAAUCUCCGGUCAUCUUACGAAUCAAGUGUAUCAUUCCAGCUUUCUCACUGAACUAUUAUUGCUCGGUAAUGGAAUGAUUUUUCUUAAUCGAUUUUACUGCCAUCUUUGUCAUUGUAAUAAUUUAGGUACCAAUUAUUUGAUAUUUCAGUUCAUCACAAACGUGCUUUCUAUGUUUACGGCUCUACGAGUUGUUAUGUAUCAAGAUGAAGAUUGAGAAGUUGACGAUAUUUAGCAAUCAUUUAUGAAUUGUGUAAUGACUUAAUUGUUACACAGUAAAUUGUUUCCCGUGAUCUGUUUAUUUCAUUGAUUAAAUUCCAUUAGUUUCAACCGUUAGGAAAGAUGACGCGCUUCCAAUCUGCACUGAACAUUAAGCUCUACGAUAAGUUUUACGGAAAAAUUUUUAAGUGUAAAAUUGAGUAAGCUGCCUUAUCUAGAGAUUUAGUGGAAGAAAGUUUAUCUAAUUGUAAGGUACCUACCGUUUAUUCAUAUAAUGCCA